AAAACAAAAAGCAUUCCUGCCGCAGAAAAUAAAAUUCACCCCGUCGACUUGAUUGACACCCCAGCAUUACGUGUGGCGCCCUUCCUCUCUGGGGUGCAGUACUACGAUGCCGCUGGGGUUACUCAAACCUCCAGAACUGAGCCUCUACUUCAGUCAAUCCUCUUUGGCACCAGCUGUGAUGCACUAUUUUAUUCUCUCGGAUCAGAUGGUUCAUUAGAAUUUGCGAGGAUUCCCAGGAGACAUAACUCUGACGUCAGAUCAUGAUGGGGUUCGAGUGCACUUUUGAUUUCCCGGGGUUGACGGAGAUUUGACGAGUCUGCCAGGUAUUUUCCAACUGAGAAUUGAAUCUGCUGGGCUCUGCCUCGGAACUGAUGUAGGACAUAACCUACGAGCUUCGAUCAUGGCAACACAGGACGAAGAUUACGUUAAAAGCGACGAGUUCGACACAUCCUCUGAAAAUGAGAGGCCAUCCGGAGAGAGAUGGGCCCCUGUUGGGGCCAAUGAUGGGGACAGUGACUUCACUGACGACUAUAAGUGCUCUGACAAUAUGGAAAGUAUUUCUUACAAUAUGGACAGGCUUAAAUUGCUCGAAGAGGAACAGGAAAUGCUCAACUCGUCAUUAAUAGCAUUAACCACGCACUUUGCACAGGUGCAAUUUCGACUGCGCCAAAUUGUGGAUGCACCUACUGAUGAGAAGGAGACACUCCUGAAGGAGCUGGAGGAAUUUGCCUUCAGGGGAAUUCCAGACGUUCCCAACACCGUCGCCUUGAAAAAUAGAUCGUCCUCGUCGUCGAUUUCUCUAUGUGGAAACAAUGGAUGCAGUGGUUACGACGAGGAAGUCGAAUCCAAGAUUGCCCUGCAGAAAACCAAGCAACGAGAAUUGAUCGAACAGUUGAAGGUUCAACUGGAGGACCUGGAGAAAUAUGCGUACGAAACUGAUGGCCAGGAUCUGCCCCAGAGUGUCAUUCUAGAACGUCAGAACAUGAUAAUCAAUCACUUAAAAGAGAAAUUAAACUUCGAAGUGGACGACCUCUGCAAGCUCCCCCUGGACGACCUGCGCUGGCAGGUGGACCACGCAAUAAACGAGAUGGUGAGCCCCUUGAAGAUGAAAGAACAACUGGUAAAUCAGUUGAAAACCCAAGUAGCAGAUCUAGAGCGUUUCAUCCACUACCUCCAGGGUGAGGUGAGCGUGGAGAGCCUGGCGUGCACUUGCGCCUGUCCAGUGCACACGACAGGUCUAAAGCCAUCGGAUAAAUCAAAACGCAAGAUUCCCCUGAUGGACAGGCGCGACGACGCCCACACGAAGACCUUGAAUACAGUUCGUAAAGUGAUAACUCUCCUCCACAUCUAUCUGAUGUCCCAGCUGGGAUGCAGUAGCGAGAGGACUCGAAAAAAAGACAGCAAGACUACCUGGAGGGACCUGAGAACUCGCCUGGACAUCGCCAUCGAGCACGUCCUCGAAAUCGCUACGGAAAAUGACAGUCAAUCUGACGCCCAUGACAACGACGACGACGACGACAUCGAUCUCUAUGCAUCGGAUUCAGAAUCCCCGAAGCAACGCACAAACACCAAAUUGACGUCUGCUGUGAGGAAACACCUGGCUGUGUGCAUCAGAGAUCUUAUGGCCCAUGGGUUGAGCUCUGAUGUGCGAUCAAAUAGUGUUGUACCUUUUGUCGGUUGUUUUCCCCAGAGGAAAAGUCUCACUGUUGAUCAAAUGCACCCCUGGGAGCUCAUCAUCAAGUACUAUGAGAUCAAGAAUGGACACAGGUACAACUCCAGUCCUGCACAGAAGCUUUCCCAGAGCUUCAAUCUUGCUCUAGUGAAUGAGAGAACUGUAUCACCGAAACAGAGUCUUCUCACAACUGUAGGGAAUAUUGUGGCUACCCAUUCGCAAUAUAAACGAAGUUAUAAUUCACAUUUCAAGGCUUUCAUCUGUGCAGCUUUGAAUGCUAAAAAAUUGGUUCCUUGGCUGCGGCUUAUUCUUCAGUGUCAGUAUUUACUGGAGAAUCAUUACAUGUCUUGGAGUUAUGUAGUUAAAACUGGAUUUCAAGAUGCAUUUCACGCCCUCGAUCGUCUAACACCCAUUCACUUCGAUCUUCCUGUUGACCUGGCAGUCCGUCAAUUCCAAAAUAUCAAGGAUGCAUUUUGAUCCCCCGGAGUCAUGAUAAAAUAUUAGAAUUCAUCAGCUGUCUUUUCCUCAUCUCCGAGAGGAGAAAAAAGUCCAUUGCUUUCAUCAUAAACUACAGUGCACCAUAUGUUAACCACGCACACCCCAUUCAAAAAAAAGAAAAUAAUUUGCCCUCAAUUCGUAAUUCCAAUUGCUCCCUUUAUUUCUCUGAGUUAUUUACUGUUUAAGCCGACAGACAUCAAAAUACUUUGAAUAAGAUAUUUAUUUACUAGAUAAUCAAAUAAUUGUAAAGUAAAUAUUGAUUUACAUAAUCCGAAGAGUGUAAAAAUGGAUUCAAUAAACUGUUGAU